AUUUCGGGGCGUGUAUCCCUUUUGUUUUCUAUGGAACUGAAGAAAUACGUACGCCUACUGGCAGAUACCAUAUCUGAAUUAUCCUCUGAUGAGAUAGAUGCCAUUGAGCAGCGAGGUUUAAGUCCGCAAGAUGUUAAGGUUAAGCUUUCUAGACACAUCGUUGACCAAAUAUGGUCACAUUUGUUGCGCCCUUCUUUACACUUUCCUACCUGUAGCGACCAAUCGAAUAAAUCAAGUCGAUAUAGCGCAUCUCGUAUACUGGAAGACAUAGAAUUAAGUGUUAAGCAGAAGAUUGCUGUUCAGAAGUCGCUUACUUCUGGGUCAACUGAUAAACCUUUCGUUCAUUCGAAUGUUACGGAUGAUGGAUAUCGCGCUGCAUAUCAAUCCAAGGAUAUUUUUAUCCAGGUUGCUUUGCGUAUGCACCGUGAGGCUUUGUUGCGUAAGGGUCUCUAUUUAGAGCUAAUAUCUCUUGAUAUGUUGUUACAGCUGGUUGGUUCCAUAUCUCACAUGCCGGUAAAAUACAACAUUGAUGGAUCAAUUCCAGUGUUUCAACGCGAUGAUUGGUACAGGUUUACUUGUAUUGACUCCGUCCUUGAGAUGUUAUGUCACUUGUCAUCUGAGCCGGAUUCAUGCGUUGGCUCCUUAGAGCUCAGCCGUUACAUUUUACUCAGGAAAGGUAUCCGUGAGGUCCGUAACCUAGAUACUAAAUCGAUAUUAGGUUUGUUGAAUGACCCCGGCCUGCGUCACAAUGAUGCUUCUAAGUGGAUAUCAUGCCACCACGUAGCUCCACGUAUGCCUCAUGCAGCUUCUGUAAUUUCAGAACGUUGGACUUCUAUCGCAUUCGAUCAAGCUUUAAGCAAGAUUCCAAAUAUUGGCCCUUCUACAAAUUUAUCGGACAGCACAGCCCUCGGUUUACGUAACUUGAGCAUCUCCCAAUCGUUUAUUGCCGAUCCUAUGGCAGUAUCUAUUAACGACGGCUGGUUGUCGUGUUCAUCGGGCCAGAUUAUCGAUUCUUACAGUGAUGCAUCUAUCAUCAGGACCAAAACAUUAAUAAAUGAAGUGAAUAUAUGGAGCGAUAAAGCUUCUACCAAUUGGAUUUAUCCUUCUGCGAGACCUUCAGGUUUCGACACAGAUCGCACGGCCAUAGUUGAGGCGGAUGAUCGAUUGACAAUACAGGAAAUUGGCUCUGUAAAAAGGGCUAAGGUCCAGAAAUCAACGCCAAUUAAGUGGAUGCGUGAAUAUAUCAAUAAGAGCAUGACUACAUUGUACCCGUUUUCCUUGAUUGAUCCUAGGUUAAUACCGUCCAUACGAAUUUAUAGCUCCUGGCAAUGUUUACAAUCCUUUGACUCUGCUUCAUUGUUCAGCAACCUUCGGCACAGUGGCUCGGAUCGUAUGAGUCAAGGCUGCAUAUUGGAAUCCAUGGCUGGUUUUACUUUUAUGAACAUUUUAAAGCACGAUUACACGGAGUCAGAUUUUUUAGAUAGUGUAUUAUCGGAUUGGUACUCUUGCAUUGUAUUAUGUCUUCGUGGCAUUGAAUCAGCAUUAUUCGCAUGCGAGGCUGUAUGUCUGUAUGCAAAAGAUCCUUCAUUGGUUCCGGAUCAUGUGCACCGCUGGGUCUCUGAUGGUACAACUGCAUUUUGCCGUAUUCCUCGUGUUAUUUGCCAUGCAUUGGUCCAUGAUAUGAUGUCGAGCGAUAAUGUUAGUGAAAAUGCCCUGGUGAGUAUAUCACCUGACGGUCGUUUUGUCAUCUUCCCAGGCUUAUUAGAUACAAAAUCACACGAUGGAUUAGCAUUAUUAACUCGAUUAGCGCCUUCUCCACAACUAGAACAGGUGAUAGGUCGUCGUAGCACUGAACCCAUAUUUACGGAGUUUGCUCGACUAGGUUCCAUCACACGUGAUAUGAAUAUUGCCAUUGAGUCUGUUAGAAAUAUUGAAGCUGCAGGUGAUGCAUCACGAUUAAUUGGCACUACAUUGUCGGUAUACAUGUCCUCUAUAUCCUCUUUCAUCGACAAUUUUGAAUCUACAGUCGGAACUUAUGUUGGUAAUGAUCAAUCUGGAGAUACCGUGGCUACAAGCAGCGUAGUUUCAUUAUUAUUCAACCGUCUAGACCCAUGGGUCAAGGCCAUUGAUUGGUUUAAAGCUGUAGAUAUAUCGUUGACUGACGAGAAUGGACAGUAUCAUCUUGCCCGUGGCGGCUACUUAUUGGACCGCUUAUUAGCUCACUACAUUGGUAGCUACGGUAUAUGGUUUUUCGAUGAAUCGAUUGGCGGUGUAUAUGCUUACAGAUGCCUUAUUUCAUGCAUGAAACCAUAUCUCAGCUUCAUGAGUGAAUGGGUUACUGGUUCUACGGAUAUUGAUUUAUGUUCUGAAUUUCAUCAGGAUUCAAUGGCAUAUUUGAUAGCUCCAUUAGUAUCACUGGAAAACGUCAUUGUCAUGUCUCGCGAAAUGUCUGUAUUUUUACGUACUCACUAUCCAAGCCAGAUGACAGGAGCCCGUCCAUUAUUUGGUUGCAUUCUCAAUGACAAUGAAAGUGACUCGUGGAGUAUGGGUCAUGAUGCUAAUAAUAAUAUUGCUGAUUCAAAACCGCUACAAGAACUCUUCACUACGUUCUCGCGAGAACUUCUUGGAAAUCAUGCCUGGCUCAACCUACAGCUGGUGUCAUUGCUAAAGACUGAAUACCACUUAUUUGAAGUUAUCGAGGAUAUUCAUCGAUUUGUGCUAUUAUCUCGCCGUGACAUGCUGGAAACCAUUUUUGAUGAGUGGCGCGUUGGUUGCAAUUCCGGUUCUUAUAGUAAAUUAUUCCGUGGUCCUCUUCAGGUUGAAGUCAAGGUUGCAAAUACUGCUGAAUUUUUCCGUGAUGGCGUUUCUCUUACAUUUUCAUGUGGCAUAUUUGAUAGACUACUAUUUAGUGAGGAAACACGUCAUUGCUACACUGUAGUGUUCAAUUUACUCUGUGCUGUGCACUUUGGCAUGCGGCACAUCAUGGAAGUAUCCAAGUGGUUAUGUUUGAGCUACCGUGGGUCUCAAGGGCUUUCAUCGCAGGGUUGUGCCCCUAUUAUACGUAUGAUAUGUACAUUAACCCGUGAGAUGCACUCUUUCUUUUCGAUUCUCGAAUGGUUCUUUCACUACGGCUCGAUUUAUCCUUUAUAUACCGCCUUCAUAUCACGUUUAAAAGGAACCUUAAAUUUCUCAGAUGUCGUAAUGCUCCAUUCUGCAUUCGCACGUGAUCUUCGUGCGUCGUGCAUGGUUUCUAGAGAGAGCCGUCACUGUUCGAUUCUGUUACGCAGCAUGUGUUACUGUACCUCAGUAUUGCGUGAUAUGAUUUUGGGUGAGUCUUCUGGAGUCCUGCAAGACACGAGUCAUGUGGAGUACUGGCUAAGCCUCGAAUCGCCCCUUAUCGAAUUAUCAUCUAAGUUUUCAGGAUUUAAGCAAGAGUUUCUAUUUGUAGUGAACUCAUCUCAUGACCCUACACAAUUCCAGCUUGCUACUGUACUCGACGCUGGUUUGCAUCCUAUGAAAACUUAGGUUUUCACAAAUGGC